AUGGUAGCGCAGACUCAAGGAAGAAGGAAGCUUCUGAGCUGGAAAGGGAUGGCAGUAUCACUCAACUACGAGAUGCUUGAAAGUCGAUGUAUCUCGUCCCCAGCCUCGUCGUCGCAAGGUCGUCGGUCGCCGCUGCAUCGCAAGGUCCUGCCCCGCCGCCGCUGCUACCGCUCCACGUCGCCCCGUCGCUGCUACUACUGCUCCACGUCGCUGCGAGGUCGCCGCCCCGUCGCUGCUGUUUCUCCUCUACCCUUGAAAACAGAGGCAAACGAGAACUGGAAUUGGACUUCAGGAUAUAUUGGGAAGAGUUCCACUCUUCAAGUUCGGAAAAGGAAAAGGAAAAAAGCCUUGAUUAUGGCUGUUGAUGCUUUCUGUAAAUUAGUGAAGAAGCAGGCAGAUGUAGCUCAAUUAAUUACCAAGUAAGGGAGUAAUUUUUGCCUCUUC